CUUUAUUUUUUAGUGGGCUGCCAGUUUUCCUUCAAGGUCUUUAUCGUUAUUAUUAUUAUAUGCUCCCCCAACCUAUGGAAAUGUUUUUCCAUAUGGGAUUCCAGAAAGCUAAUACUUCCCCCUUUUAAACAUUUUGUGAAGACAACAUGAUGAUGACUCUAAAGCAUAUGCCACUGAUUCAUUCAACCACUACUGCUCUGAAUGUUGCCACCCACUUUUAGGUUUCUUCACGUUAUAAGAACCCACCUUGCCUCCUCUCAACUUGUAGCCAAGAUCAUCCUCAAUCUCGCACUCUCUCAAAGGGUAGAAGCAGUGGAAGAUUCGUCGGUUUGAGCUAAAUAUGAAGAAUCAGAAUCAUGGUCAGGUCAUCGGUAUUCCAGUGGCUAAUGCUAGAUACGCAUCUUCAUAUGAAUGCUCUUUAGCAAAGAAGGAUUCAGUCAUUGAUUGGAUGAGCAAGUUUAGCAAGAAGGCAGAUAGCUAUGCACAAGGAAUUAGAGAUCAUGUUACUUUGGCGCCAAAGAUAUCCGAAACUGUAAAAGGGAAAUUGAGCUUAGGGGCAAGAAUCCUCAAGGCAGGGGGAAUUGAGAAAGUAUUCAGACGAUAUUUCUCCGUUUCAAAAAGAGAGAAACUUCUGAAGGCUUGUCAGUGUUAUUUAUCGACAACUUCAGGUCCUAUCGCAGGAUUGCUAUUUAUUUCGACUGAGAAGAUUGCUUUUCGGAGUGACAGGUCUCUCACAUUCACCUCUCCUAAAGGAGAACUAAUUAGAAUUCCUUAUAAGGUUUCUGUUCCGUUGAGCAAGAUACAGAGAGUUAGCCCUAGUGAGAAUGUGAACAAGCCUAAUCAGAAGUAUGUUCAGAUUGUUACUGUCGACGAUUAUGAGUUUUGGUUCAUGGGUUUUGUUAGUUAUCAGAGAUCUUUCAAGUACUUGCAGCAGGUUAUCUCAGAAUCACAAAUGAGCUCGUAGCAAGUCAUUAACAGUUUGUUGCUGUUGUAAUUAAAGUAGGAGGGUCGUCAGUUUUAGUACAAUUCUUGAACAAAGGAUUGCUUGCUUUGGUUUUUUCUCCUUCUGUACAAUGAGAUGGUGAUGUAUUAUUUCUUGUAAUACACCAUAUAAUGGAAUGCUAUAUUUAUGGGUCAGUUUGAAUCCUUUUAAUUU